GUGAUUUCCUGGUAUUGUGGGUGCAGUCAUGAUCAUCCAACGCAUUUGAUGUGAGAGUUGUGGAAAGGUUCAAGGACGCAUGGUGACUGCAGAGUAGGUGAUGCAGUCUCUUGACAGGCUUCUGGUACCAUGCUUGUUGGUGCUGCUCGCAGCGAUCAAGCCGCUUGGUGUACUUGGCCACAGAUCCCUGAGAAUCAGGGACAUUCCCACGACCUUGCAAACUUGCAACAAUACUAUACAAGGGAGGUGGCAAGUUGCGGACAGUCAGGGCAUGCUAUGCUCGAGACAGAGUUUAAGACCAGACAAUGGAUGCUGCUCAGCUGGCGACAAGUAUUCUUGCGCAACGUGCAACAUGCAUGAUAGCUGCUGUGCAGACUACGAACACUGUGUGUCUUGCUGUCAAGACCCACAGCACGGGCUCCCAGAUUUGAGCACAGUUCACCGGGCUCCUGACAGGCCUGAGACGGGACUUUGGCCCUCUGUAUUUGAGUACUGUCGGAAUAAGUGUCGAACUUCCAGCAAGUCCACUGUACAUGAGAAUGCAUACCUGUCACCAUUUCAUCACUGUUUUUCAUCCUCAGGGAAGCCGACGACCGCAGCACCACCAACUCCUCCAAUACCCAAGUCUGUGACAGUGGUGCUGGGGUCGGCGGGGCAGUCUUGCAAUGCACUCUGCGAAAGCACUGGUCGGCGCUGUGCGCAGCAGCAUCUCGCCUCCCUGAACAAUUGCAAUGUGCUUCGAGAGCACUACGCAUGCGAAGCAGGGUGUGAGCCAGACUCAGGGACAGCUGAUGCACCAAUAUAUGUGAACGCGUCUGCCCCUAAGCAACAGCGGCCGACCAUUUGUCUGACUAUGGACUCAAAGGUCAACCAGUUCUCCUGUGAGGCAACAUCUGCCAGCAAUCAUCGCCUCUGUCCUUGUAUUGAGGCCUCCUGAUAUGCUGAGAAUCUUGUCAUCCUGAUGUUGAGUUUGUAUGGAACAAUCCGUUGAACAACUAACUUGAACAUUUUCCUUUGCUUUCUUUUGGAACAGUCAACAGUCUUCUGAUAUGCUAGCAAUAUGCUUGAAGCUGAUGGUGUCAGCUGCUGGCUGCUGCAGCAAAGUGCUGCAUUGCAAGUCUUUUAUGAGAGUGACCAUGAUCAUGUAAUGCAUUCGGCCUUUC